GCGCAGCAGUUCUGAUGUUUUGAGAUACGUUUUCUGGGAAGCUACAGUUUUUAGUGAAUUCAAACAGAAAUGGCUACUAUUCCAGCGUCAGCUUUAGCUAAUCGGAACAAGAAACACUUUCUAGGCGUUCCGGCACCAUUAGGAUAUGUGGCUGGUGUUGGGAGAGGAGCCACAGGAUUCACUACACGAUCAGAUAUUGGUCCUGCCCGGGAUGCCAAUGACGUCUCGGACGAUCGACACGCUCCUCCGGCGACCAAGAGGAAGAAGAAAGAAGAGGAGGAGGAGGACGAUGAGGAUCUUAAUGAUUCAAACUAUGACGAAUUCACAGGAUACAGUGGAUCUCUCUUCUCAAAGGAUCCCUAUGACAAGGAUGACGCAGAAGCUGAUGCCAUUUACGAGUCAAUAGACAAGAGAAUGGAUGAGAAGCGCAAAGAGUACAGAGAGAAGCGUCUGAAGAUGGACUUGGAGAAAUAUCGCCAAGAACGCCCCAAGAUCCAACAGCAAUUCUCCGAUUUGAAGAGAAAUCUCGUAGAGGUGUCAGAAGAAGAGUGGCAAAUGAUACCCGAAGUGGGCGACAGUCGCAACAGAAAACAGAGAAAUCCCAGAGCCGAGAAGUUUACUCCUCUUCCGGACAGUAUUCUGUCGAGGAACAUGGGUGGAGAGACCUCGUCUACCUUAGAUCCACGAUCCGGGCUGGCAUCAAUGGUUCCCGGAAUAAACACUCCGGGAAUGUUGACACCAACGGGAGAUCUGGACCUGAGGAAGAUCGGUCAGGCGAGGAAUACGCUAAUGAAUGUCAAAUUGUCCCAAGUGUCGGAUUCUGUGGCAGGACAGACAGUUGUGGAUCCCAAAGGAUACUUAACAGAUCUCCAGAGCAUGAUUCCCACGUAUGGAGGGGACAUAAAUGACAUCAAGAAGGCGAGACUGUUGCUCAAAAGUGUACGAGAGACGAAUCCUAAUCAUCCUCCGGCCUGGAUUGCUAGUGCCCGUCUUGAGGAAGUGACAGGAAAGAUUCAAAUGGCGAGGAAUCUUAUAAUGAGGGGCUGCGAAAUGAAUCCCCAGAGUGAGGAUCUUUGGCUCGAGGCAGCUCGUCUUCAGCCAGCGGACACGGCCAAGGCAGUGAUCGCUCAGGCGGCUAGACACAUCCCCACAUCGGUGAGAAUAUGGAUCAAGGCUUCGGAUCUCGAGGAUGAACUGAAAGCCAAACGUCGUGUGUUCAGAAAAGCCUUGGAGCACAUUCCCAACUCUGUGCGACUCUGGAAGGCUGCAGUGGAGCUUGAGAAUCCCGACGAUGCGCGAAUUCUGCUUUCUCGAGCUGUUGAGUGCUGCAAUACGAGUGUGGAACUGUGGCUAGCGCUGGCGCGCCUGGAAACAUAUGAAAAUGCCCGAAAAGUAUUGAACAAGGCUCGAGAAAACAUCCCCACGGACAAGCAAAUCUGGACCACGGCUGCAAAACUCGAAGAAGCUAAUGGAAAUAUUCACAUGGUGGAGAAGAUUAUUGACAGGGCAUUGGUUUCACUCAGCGCUAAUGGCGUGGAGAUUAAUCGAGAACAGUGGUUCCAGGAAGCCAUCGAGGCUGAGAAAUCUAACGCCGUACAUUGCUGUCAAGCCAUCAUCAAGGCAGUGAUUGGUAUUGGAGUUGAAGAUGAGGACAGAAAGCAGACCUGGAUUGAUGAUGCCGACAAUUGUGCCAAGGAGAAUGCUUACGAGUGUGCGAGGGCAGUUUAUGCUCAUGCUUUGCAGAUCUUCCCGUCGAAGAAGAGCAUCUGGCUGAGGGCAGCGUACUUUGAGAAGAAUCACGGAACCCGUGAAAGCCUGGAGUCACUGCUGCAGAAAGCCGUGGCUCACUGUCCCAAAUCCGAAAUUCUCUGGCUCAUGGGAGCCAAGUCCAAGUGGUUAGCAGGUGACGUUCCCGCUGCCAGAGGCAUUCUCUCUUUCGCCUUUCAGGCUAAUCCCAAUUCUGAGGAUAUCUGGUUAGCUGCCGUGAAGCUGGAGUCGGAGAAUCAGGAGUUUGAAAGGGCCAGACGACUUUUGGCUAAGGCCAGAGCUUCGGCUCCAACGCCACGGGUCAUGAUGAAAUCCGCCAAGCUUGAGUGGGCCCUGAAUAAACUCGAUGCGGCUCUGAAUCUGCUAGAGGAGGCAGUGAAGGUGUUUCCUGACUAUCCUCGCUUGUGGAUGAUGAAAGGACAGAUUGAGGAGCAGCAAAAGAAGCCAGAUCUCGCGACGGAAACCUAUGGACUUGCGCUCAAGAAAUGUCCAACUUCGAUCCCACUGUGGCUCCUGAUGGCGAAGGUGGAAGAGAACCGAGGAGCCUUGACAAAGGCGCGAUCAGUACUUGAGAGAGGUCGUCUCAGGAAUCCAAAGACGUCGCUUUUGUGGCUUGCCGCGGUGCGAAUAGAACUACGAGCUGGCUUCAAGGAUAUGGCCAAUACAUUGAUGGCCAGGGCUCUGCAGGAGUGUCCAACGGCCGGGGAGCUCUGGGCUGAGUCGAUCUUCAUGGAGAAUCGGCCGCAGCGCAAGACAAAAUCAGUGGACGCUCUAAAGAAGUGCGAGCAUGAUCCCCACGUAUUGCUGGCUGUGUCGAAGUUGUUCUGGUCGGAGCACAAGAUUCAGAAGUGCAGAGAUUGGUUCAACAGGACGGUGAAGAUUGACGCUGAUCUGGGCGAUGCUUGGGCGUAUUUUUACAAGUUUGAACAACAACACGGCACUGAUGCUCAGCAGCAAGAUGUCCUGCAUAGGUGCAUCGCAGCAGAGCCCAAGCAUGGCGAGGAAUGGUGCCGAGCGAGCAAGAAUAUCGCCAAUUGGUGUUUCAAGACACAAGACAUCCUGUUGACCGUGGCCAAGGAGGCCAAGUGUCCGAAUUAGU